GGACGCUGUGGAGUUAGCGAGAGAGACGCUGGGAGGCCUUCGGAACGUGACGACGCGUGUCAAUAGAUCCGACUGAAAUGGGCAAAAAAAUUAAAAAGGAAGUGGAGCCUCCUCCUAAGGAUGUGUUUGAUCCAUUAUCAGUUGAAAGCAAGAAAGCUGCAACAGUGGUGCUAAUGCUCAGUUCCCCAGAAGAGGAAGUUUUAUUUAAAGCAUGUGAAUCUCUCUAUAAGUUUGCAGUAAAAGGUGAUGAAAACAAGCUGACUCUUCUUGAGCUUGGAGCUGUGGAACCUUUAUUUAAAUUAGUUACACAUGAGGACCCUGUGGUCCGCAGGAACGCCACCAUGGUACUUGGGAUCAUGGCUUCUCACAAUGAUGUGAAAAAAUCACUAAGGCAGCUAGAUGUCACCCAUGCAUUCAUAGCUCGCUUGGCACCAGAAGAAGAUGUAGUCAUCCAUGAGUUUGCAAGCCUUUGUCUAACACAUAUGGCAGUUGAAUACAACAGCAAAGUGCAAAUAUUUGAGCAAGGUGGGCUAGAACCGCUUAUCAGACUGCUAAACAGUCCUGAUCCUGAUGUUAAGAAGAAUUGUGUUGAAUGCAUCUAUAGCAUGGUACAGGAUUUUCAAAGUCGUGCUGCAGUUCGUGAACUAAAUGUGAUUCCUCCUUUGUUGGAACUUCUGAAGUCUGACUACCCAAUUAUUCAGUUGUUAGCUCUCAAAACUUUAGGUGUAAUUACCAUAGAUAGAGAAACCAGAGUGAUGUUACGAGAAAAUCAAGGACUUGAUCACCUUUUCAAGAUACUGGAGACUAAGGAAUUUAAUGAUCUACAUGUGGAAGCCCUUGGAGUGGUGGCAAACUGUCUUGAGGAUGUGGAUACUGUGCAAUUGAUUCAGGAGACAGGGGGUCUCAGAAAACUACUUGCUUUCACUGAAGUUUCCACACUUACUGAUUUUCAGAAGAAUGCAGCAAAAGCAAUUGCUAAAUCAGCUUAUGAUGCUGAAAAUAGAAAAAUCCUGCAUGAAGAAGAAGUUGAAAAAUGUCUUGUUACCCUUUUGGGAACAGAUAAUGAAGGAACUAAAAUAGCUGCUUCUCAAGCAAUCUCUGCUAUGUGUGAGAAUUUAGCCAGCAAACAAACCACUGGAACUCUUGGAAUUCCCCAGCUAGUUCAGUUGCUAAGCAGCGACAAUGAAGAGGUAAAGGAAGCGGCCGCUACAGCUCUAGUUAAUCUGACAACAGCCCAUCUUGGCAAUGCAAGUGCUGUUGCUGAAGCCGAUGGAAUUGAACCUUUGAUCAGUGUUCUCGGCUCCAAGAGAGACGGGGCUGUUGCUAGUGCAGCCACAGUCCUCACCAACCUGGCCACCCAGGAGCCUUUGCGCCUCAACAUGCAGAGCCAUGGCAUUAUGAGUGCCCUUGUUGAACCGCUCCACUCCACCAACAGCCUAGUACAAAGCACAGCAGCACUCACCGUGGCGGCUGUUGGUUGUGAUGCUGACGCAAGAACCGAGUUAAGAAAUGCAGGUGGGCUUGAGCCUCUUAUUAAGCUCCUCCAUUCAAGGAACGAUGAAGUUAGAAGAAACGCAUGUUGGGCUGUUAUGGUUUGUGCCAACGAUGAACUAACAGCAGCGGAAAUGACCAGGCUUGGUGCUUUAGACAUUCUUGAAGAAAUUAACUUGUCCAUUGGUCGCAAAAAUAACUUCAGUGAAGUAGCUUUGGAUAAAAUACUUGACCACAAUCUUCCUCAGAAAUAUAGUCAAAUGGGAUAUUUAGAAUCCAAUAAUAUAAUUUCAGAUGGGUUCUAUGAUUAUGGACAGGUAAAACGAGGUGUGAAACUAUUGUCUUUAGAGGAACUCAGUGCUCAGGAACUCAAUGAUCGCCGAGCUAUAAUUUUAGUAAAUGCUAAAUCACCAGAAGUUGAACUACCUCCUACAACUGAGGAAAAGUCACAAGAUCUUCCUGCCCGAAGCUUCAGUACCAUGAGAAAAAUUAGUAAAGAAAAAGCCAGCUCAGCAGAGGAAAAGUCGGACACUCCGGGACGGUGGUCUUCACUCAGCAAAGGCAGCAGUAGAGAGAAAGGAUCAAGGAAAGGGAAAGGAAAAAAAGAAGAAGAGAAACCAAAAGAAGAAGAAGUUGAUCAUGUACAAAAAAUAGCCGAAGAAGUUCCUGAAAAGGCUGUUUGGCUUCCCCCUUUCGACCCCAUAUUACUGGAUUACAUUACUGAGGUUUCCAAAACAAUUCUACCGCUGGCAUCCACCAAAGAACAAGUUAUAGCACUUGCAGAGUUUGUUGCAGACAAGAUGGGUGGCCCAAUUGAAAGAGACAAGCUACAUGAAUUCAGCUGGGAACUUCACAUAAGUGAAAUUGAAUUUGAACUUAAAUGUAAUGUUGUGCCUAUUGGGAGGAUCAACAAAGGGACCUUCUACCACCGGACUUUGCUCUUCAAGGUUUUAGCAGACAGAACAGGAAUUGGUUGCACCUUAGUCCGCGGAGAGUACAACAGAGCAUGGAAUGAAGUGAAAUUGGUAGAUGAGUCUCCCCUAGGAAUACCCGGCCUUCUGAUUCCUCCUCAAGUGUUUAUUGUCGACCUCAUGUUCCAGCCGGGCCACCUGAUGAAAGAAGGGACAACAGAGGCAGAUCACUACAGGCGGAUUUAACUCUUUUUUCAGAGUUGUUCCAAAAGCUGCUUAUCAAUAAAUUUUUAAUGUUAUGUUUCAAGCACUCUGAUGUCUACUGAAAACUCAAGAUGGAACUUUGGAUCUGUUGUUUGUUUAUUGAGGGUAGGAGAGCUGAAAUCCUAACUUGAAAUCCUCGGAAAGGUAUCAGUCUCUCUGACCAUGUUCAUAUUUGUGAUGCAUUUUAGAAUAAAAUUAAUAUAUCAGUAUGUAA